AUGCUCACUAAUAAGAAAAUUAAUAUUAUACAAUGCUAUGCUCCUACUGAGCGGUCCAAGGAUGAGGAGAUGGAAUAUUUUUACCAAAACUUACGAGAAGCUUUAGAGUAUACUGGCAAAGAUGUAAUAGUAAUGGGGGAUUUUAACGCAAAAAUAGGAGCUAGAAAGAAGGAUGAGCAAAAUGUCAUGGGCAUUUGGAACUUUGGUAAAAGAAACGGAAGGGGGCAGACACUUGUAGAUUUUUGCAUCGAGAACGGCAUGUCCAUUAUGAACAGUUACUUCAAAAAGAAUAUAAAAAUGCGAUGGACUUGGAUAUCUCCUGAUUGUAAGACACGAAAUGAAAUAGAUUUCAUAAUGGUUAAAAAUAAGAAACUAAUACAAGAUAUACAAGUUAUAGAUACGACGUUUCCUACUGACCAUAGAUUUGUAAGAGCUAAACUUAUAGUAACUAAAAAUAAAAUGUCCCGAAAGCAUAUUAGAAGACUUAAACAACAAAAUAAUAUUAAAACAAAUAGAGAAGAAUUGGUGAAAAUAGCUUCAGAUUUUUAUAGUACACUAUAUCAAGAUGCUAAACAACAACAAACAAAGUUGAUUACAAUGAGCAGUCAAAACCAAAAAACUAUUCUACCGUUUUUGGAAACAGAAAUAAGAUGGAGACAAUGGGAUGAACCACUGUGCAUUAAAAGUCAGCAAAAUAUUUUGAGUCAUACCGGUAUGCUUCUGGAUAAUUGUACCCUCACACUGGCGGUAGGUUUGCGGCUGGGUGCUAAACUAAAUCAGCCUCAUCGCUGUAACUGUGGUGCUACUGUUGAUGAAUUAGGACACCAUGGUCUCUCUUGUAUGAGAAGUGCUGGUCGAAUACCUCGUCAUGCCAUGAUCAACACUAUUAUACAUAGAGCAUUGGCGACGGCACAAAUACCGGCAGUACUAGAGCCUAGUGGCAUUGUCCGCGAAGACGGGAAACGGCCUGACGGUAUGACCCUGGUCCCGUGGAAACUCGGAAAAUGUUUAGUAUGGGAUGCCACGUGUGUGGAUACAUUGGCACCAAGUCAUGUGUCUGGAUCGUCCUCUCGUCCUGGCACGGCAGCAACACAGGCGGCAAUUUUAAAAAGACGAAAAUAUACGAAUCUGGAGGAUAUCGUGACUCUUCUUGUAUUAUUCGAAAGAGAAAAUUUUGCUUACUUAUAUGGAGAUAUAACCUAA